UGCUUUUUGAUUCUCACUUGAUCCAACUAUUCUGAUUAACUAUUGCAGCAGAGGAGAUGGAAGCAGGGUUUAAGCAAAAAGUGGAUUCAAAACCUUUUUGUUCACAGUGGAACAGGAUGUCCAGGGAAGAGGUAAAUGGACUGGAGAGAUGGAGUGCCUUAGAUGGGUGGAUAGAAAUGAACAUCCAAAGAAGGAAUCUGGAAGGGAUUUGUACCUGGGACAGCGGUGGUCCCUAAAGAGGCUUCGGAGAGCAAAGAUUAGGAGGUGUGGGGCGGGGGUGGAAAACUGGCUGCAAAGAGAAUGUAUUGACCGGGUACAUUACAGGUGCUCCAUCUACAGUGCUGGCCCCAAGGAGCCCAAUUCAGGGGAAGUCCAAUGGAAGCUUCAGGACUAGACUUGAAGGGGAAUUCCAAACUCUCUCCUCUUGGCCGAGGAGUCUGGACAACAAACUCCUCUGUUUCACCUAUCUGGCAUUAUCUCAUCCUCAUCCUCGAAAAACUGCCAAGAUGGUUAACUCACUUUUCACUGAAAACACCCCCACACUUCAAAUGAUCCCACCUCCCUUAUCUCUCUUGCCUGUUGAUCUUAUUUAUUCACCAAAAUUGGGUGGGCAUGACAGGCAAACAGUGAUGACACUGUUUAGCUGUCAUCAUCCGCAGGCUGGUGUGUGUGUUCAGCUCCUAGCAGGCAGUAGAAUUAGCAUCAGGGAGUGCUUGCCAAAUGCAUAAGGGUGGGUGAGUUUUGUUCUCUUUUGCUCACCUGCCUGAGCUUCUGUGAGAAACCCUGCGGGCAAAGAGCAGCCGAUACUACAGGGACCUGCGCAUCUGAGGGCGAGACGAACCAGUGGGUGUUAAGUGGGGACCCUGAAACCAGACACACAGAGACACUGGUCUGGGUGUGGUUUCCUCGGGGGGCUGGGCCUCAGAUCCCAAUAAAUGGCUUAUUUUCCUUCAGGUCCCCCACCCCAGGUCCAAGUCCGGGCAAGAUGAGCAAAUACAGGAUUCGCGUCGCCACCGGAGACUCGCUCUUGGCGGGCUCCAGCAACCUGGUGCAGCUGUGGCUGGUGGGCGAGCACGGGGAGAAGGACCUGGGGAAGAUACUGCGGCCGAUACGGAUCAGGGAGGUGCAGCUCGAGGUCGAAGUCUCCCUAUACCUGGGGCGCCUCCUGCUGGUGAAGCUGCGCAAGCACAAAGGCCUGGUGGGUUUCGACUGGUUCUGCAAGUGGAUCGCGGUCCAGGGUCCCGGCACCCAAGGCGAGGCCUUUUUCCCCUGCUACCGCUGGGUGCAGGGCAACGAGAUCAUCUGCUUGCCCGAGGGCACCGCCCGGACCGUGAGGGAUGAUCCCCAGAACCAGUUUAAGAAACAUCGGGAGCAAGAGCUUGAGGAAAGAAGGAAGGUGUACCGAUGGGGUUUCUGGAAAGAGGGAUUAAUCCUGCCUAUAGUAGGGAAUACGCAAUGGGAUCUUCCCAGAAACGAGAGAUUUCGUGAAGAUAAGGAUUUAGACUUCAGUCUCUCUCUAGCAAAAGUGUUGAAGGACUUGGCCUUAAAGGGGACAUUAGAUCUCACAAAUUCUGUAAGAAGGCUGGAAGACUUCAAUAAAGUAUUCCCGCGAGGAAAAACUCCUCUGGCUGAGCGGGUCCGCAAUUCCUGGAAGGAUGAUGCCCUAUUUGGGUACCAGUUCCUCAAUGGGGCAAACCCUAUGCUCCUGAGACGCUCCACGAGUCUCCCGUCACGGUUGGUGCUGCCUCCGGAAAUGGAAGACUUGAAGACACAGCUGGAGAAAGAACUCCAGACUGGAUCUCUGUUUGAAGCUGACUUCUCCCUGCUGGAUGGGGUCAAACCUAAUGUCAUCAUUUUUAAGCAACAGUAUGUAGCAGCCCCUCUAGUCAUGCUGAAGCUCCAGCCUGAUGGAAGACUCUUACCUAUGGUCAUCCAGCUCCAGCCUCCUCGGAAUGGAUGCCCCCCACCUGUGUUGUUCCUGCCUUCGGAUCCACCCAUGGCCUGGCUCCUUGCCAAGAUCUGGGUCCGGAGCUCUGAUUUCCAGCUGCACCAGCUACAGUCACACCUGCUGAGGGGCCACCUGAUAGCUGAGGUUAUUUCUGUGGCCACCAUGAGGAGCCUGCCCAGUCUGCAUCCUAUCUACAAGCUCCUGAUUCCACACUUUCGCUACACCAUGGAGAUCAACGUGCUGGCCCGGAGUAAUCUUGUCUCUGAAUGGGGAAUUUUUGAUCUGGUGGUGAGCACUGGGAGUGGCGGCCAUGUAGACAUUCUCCAGAGAGCCACAGCUGGUCUGACCUAUCGCUCCUUCUGCCCUCCUGAUGACCUGGCAGACCGUGGGCUCCUGGAUGUGAAGUCUUCUCUCUAUGGCCAAGAUGCGCUCAGGCUCUGGGGAGUCAUCAGCCGGUAUGUAGAGAAGAUGGUCAGUCUUUUCUACAAGAGUGAUGGAGCUGUGAAGGAUGAUCCAGAACUGCAGGCCUGGUGUAGAGAGAUCACUGAGACUGGACUGCAGGGGGCCCAGGACCGGGGGUUCCCCAUCUCCUUAGAGUCCCGAGCUCAGCUCUGCCACUUCAUCACCAUGUGCAUCUUCACAUGCACUGGUCAGCAUGCUUCCACCCACCAGGGCCAGCUGGACUGGUACUCCUGGAUCCCGAAUGGUCCAUGCACCAUGCAGAAGCCCCCGCCCAUUUCCAAGGAUGUGACAGAGAAGGAUAUAGUAGACUCGCUGCCCAGUCUGCACCAGGCCCGAACACAGAAGACCUUCAUAAAGUUCCUUGGCCGACGCCAGCCUGUCAUGGUGGCCUUGGGGCAGCACAAAGAAAGCUAUUUCUCUGACCCUGGGCCUCAAGCUGUGCUGAAGCAAUUCCAGGAGGAGCUGGCUGCCCUGGACAAGGAGAUUGAGGUCCGGAAUGCAGGCCUGGACCUGCCCUACGAGUAUCUUCGACCCAGCAUGGUAGAGAACAGUGUGACCAUCUGAUGCCUUGCACACAUCAUUCCCAAACUCUGCCCUCCUUAAGUACCCUUUGAGUACCCCACCCUCCUUGGCCACAGCCUCUGGUGAACAGAUUGUCCCCUAAGCAGUGGUCAGUGCUCAGGGAUGCUGCAUCACCCAACUCUAGGGAAUACAUAAUGAAUCAUUCCCACUGAAUUUUGGAACCCAUCCCUACCCACAGCUGCCCUACCUUAAUGUCCACCUAGCCCUACACUUCUUUGUCCUUUGUUCCCGUCUCCUCUUUCUCAAAAGAAUCUAGUUUGUAUAUAAAUGAAAUGAAAAGAUAUAUAAAAUAAAUGAAAAGAUCUAAUUAAAUAA